UAUUUCCACGAAUAAACUUUGCUAUACAGUAAAUGAAAAACAUUUAUGUUAAUUAUUCGGUUGUUCAGGUUAGUUCAAUAAUUAGCGUUCUUAAGCAUACCGUGGAUGACCUCUGGGGUAGAGACUUCGUCACUUCUACUUACCAAAAACAAAACCAUCAGUGUUUCAUCUUGUUUGUUCCCCCCUGGCGAUGGUAUUACGAAUUGUUAAAGUGUUGUCGCUGAUCACCAAUCUGCUGUAGUGUUCUGACGUUAAAGAUUGAAGUGCGAUCGCUGUGAUGGCAUCCCUUUCGGAAGUCAGCAAAUCGUCCCUGAUCAACUUGAAAGCAGAAUUAUACCGUAAACAAGAAGAAUCGCGUCAGAAACGGCAGGCGCAUUCGUCUUCCAUUCCUAGCGGAUACCAAGUUCUUCCAGGAAAACAUGUGGCUAAAGCGAGUAGCUCAAAACCAAGGCUUUCGAAGGGGAAAACAAAGCCCAGUUCAAACCCAGGUGUGGCAGAACGUAUAGCGAAAGACGCGCAGAUUUUGCCACCAGGAACUGAGAAAAGUUGGGAGCAAGUACGAGAGGUUUUGGAACGGAAGGCAAAGCUGUACGACAAACUCUCUUCCCAGCAGUACGAUCCAGAUGAAGGCGAGAGUCCGUUAUUGGUGGAUUUUUCCCAAAAGCAAGUUGCAGCACAAGGAAAGGGUCGUAGCGCGCCUAUGUACGAUGACACUGAUAGUUCGGACGACGAAAUUGGGCCGGUGCCUUUGCCUGGCAAGCCUAGUGACGCUGAUGAUGAAUGGGCUGAAUAUGAGGACCAUCUGGGCCGCACCCGCAGAUGCCUUCGCACAGAUCUUCCACGGAUGCUGGAGGAGAAUGUUCGAUUAAAAGCGGAAACGGAUUCGGCCCGAGCAUCCAACACCAAUUAUAGUCGCGCAGACGAUGCGGAUGUCUCUCCGGCUGCUGGCGGAUUUGACUUUGGUCCUGUGCCGCUUGAUGAGCGAACACUCCUUUCUAAUGAUAUGCAACGGGAGAUGGAGCGACAAUCUUGGGAAAUAGAUAGCGCAAGCGGGAAUUCGGAUGCGAGGCGUGCCACUGCAGGUCAUCCGGGGAAGGUGACUUAUAAUCCCCACCGCAAGGGACCUGUCUUUUACGAAACAAUAAGGGAUAAUGAAAUACGGGAUUUGGGCAUCGGAUACUUUAAAUUCUCCACCGAUCCGACGACAAGAGAAGAAGAGUUUAACAAGCUCCAGAAGCUACGACAGCAGACAAACGAGCAAAGGGCUCAUAAUGCGCAGUUGAAAGCCAAACGGAAAGCUCUCGCUGAUGCGCGUCUAGCCAAAAUUAGAGAGAAGAAGAAUAUCAAAGCUGUCCCAGAAGAAAGCAGAGAUGAAGAUCUCGAAGAAUUUGAGAAGACAUUAGAAGCUGCGCCUGUUCUCCACACCAAAUCCAAAGCUGAACUAAAUGCAACUCGAACUGAACCGGCUCCGGUCAGGGAAUGGGAUGUUGGAAAAGCGAUAUUGGACAACGAAGAUUUGGAUAAGAAAUAUGUGGAAAAGCGCCGCACGGAUCGCAAUCCCGAUUUUGCUCCACCAGAGCAGUACCAUAAAAAAGAUCCACCGAAGCAACCAAAGAAAAAUUUUCCGCGUCCGUAUUCGCAAAAUUCGCAGCUGUCCAACGUGCACGAGGGACGGUCCAGCAGUGCUUCGCUAGCAAACGCGCUCCCCUCAGCUCCGUCUGGAGAUAGCUCUGUAAAUACUGAUUACAAACCAUGGGAACAUAUUCCCCAAUGGAAUAACGCCCGUGCCACCGAAAAAGGUGAUAAUUCCGACCGAGCAACCAAAAACCUACCGGUGGGAUCAUGGAGUUCUGUGCCACCUCCAACCUCGUAUGAGGACAAGGGCAGGCCGAUGGCAUUUCAUCAUGUCAAUGCUGCAGAAAUCAGGGAACAAGCGAAAGCCCUUUUCAAAAAUAAAACUGGCCAGGACUUGCAGUACUGAUUCAUUGCAGUGAAUGGUAAUGCGCGACUUCGUCAAUAAUUUCCAGUGAUGCGAGAAAGGAUUCUUUAUGAAAGUAAGCUUUUGGGGAGUUGUACAUAGUGCCACAAUGCCUGAGUUAAAGUUAAACGAAGACGCUUGAAUUACUGAAAACGCUAUGACAGCUCGCAUUGUGGAGCAUUUUUGAUCUUUUGAACUGAUAAAAUUCUUUAUCCUUG